AUGGCCCUCGACGAAGAAGACGAAUUGUUGGCCGAUAUUAAGCAGUUGCAAGAAUUGGCGAACUCUAAUCCAGCUGACGCAUCCAUCCGUUUUAAUCUGGGUGUGUUGUUAUGGGAAAAUGGUAUAAGGCAGGAAAUGAUGGAGAAAGCAGUGGAGCAUUUGAUGGCAGCAGCAAAGCUCAACCCUCAAAAUGCUGCUGCAUUCAGAUAUUUGGGCCAUUAUUAUGCUCGUCUCUCACCCGAGCCUCAACGGGCUCUUAAGUGCUAUCAGCGGGCCCUUGCGCUCGAUCCUGAUGACUCGGAAGCUGGGGAAGCAAUCUGUGAUUUAUUGGAUGAGGGCGGAAAAGAGAGCUCGAUAUUUUCUGUCUGCCGCGAAGCUUCUGAAAAAUCUGCCAGGGCUUUUUGGGCUUUUCGUCGAUUGGGAUACCUUCAGGUUCAUCAAAAGAAAUGGUCUGAAGCCAUACAGAGCCUUCAGCAUGCGAUUCGUGGGUUUCCUACUUGUUUUGAUUUGUGGGAGGCUUUAGGUCUCGCCUACCAACGAAUGGGCAUGUUUACUGCUGCACUCAAGUCUUAUGGGAGAGCUGUUGAGUUGGACGAUUCAAGAAUUUUUGCAUUGAUUGAAAGCGGAAAUAUUUCUUUGAUGCUUGGUUCAUUUAGAAAGGGAAUCGAGCAGUUUCAACAGGCUUUAUCAAUCUCACCUAACAACGUAGCAUCACUUUACGGGCUUGCUUCUGCACUUCUUGGCUUGGCUAAGGAAUGUGUUGGCUCAGGCGCUUCUAGAUGGGGAGCCUCACUCUUGGAGGAAGCGUCCGAAGUUGCCCUGCGUGGUACAUCUUUAGCUGGCACCUUUUCAUGUUUCUGGAAGCUACAUGGAGAUAUUCAGCUUUUGUAUGCAACAUGUUACCCAUGGACGGGGAACAACCUGGGGCCUAGUGAUGAGAAGUCUUUCCACUCAUCCAUCAUUACUUGGAGAAGGACCUGCUUUCUUGCUGCUAAAACUGCCUUUUGCUCCUAUCAGCGUACUCUACACUUGACCCCCUGGCAGGCAAAUUUAUACGCAGAUAUUGCUAUAGCAUCAAAUCUCUGUUUGUCAUAUGAGGAAUCUCCUAAAGAGGAUUCAAAUGUUUGGUCUUUAGCUGAGAAGAUGUGUGUGGGUGGUUUAUUGCUUGAGGGCUAUAAUGAUGAGUUUUGGGUGGCAUUGGGUUGUUUGUCAAACCACGAGCCAUUAAAACAACACGCUUUAAUACGUGGGCUACAGUUGGAUGUAUCUCUAGCUGUUGCAUGGGCAUACUUAGGGAAGCCUGUUUAUAGAACUGAUUUAUCUCUGGCACAAUUUUGUACUUUUUAUAAAACUGUUCCGGUUACUUGUACAACAGCUUUUCAUCUCUACGUUCUUUCCUUUUGUUCUCUGUCUCUUGCAGAUUUUCAAGUCGGUCUUGCGAAGCUUGCACUGCGUUCUUCUUACUUAUCAUCUUCAGAGGUUUUUGGGGCCAUUCAACAGGCAUUGCUGCGUGUGCCUCAUUAUCCUGAAUCCCACAAUUUGAAUGGGCUAAUCUGUGAAUCAAGAUCUGAUUACCAAAGUGCUAUUACAUCCUACAGACUGGCUAGCUGUGCUCUGAUAUCUUUUGCAGGAGAAUCAUCAGAGUUGCAUCAAAAAGAUAUAUCCAUCAAUAUGGCCAGAUCACUUUGCAUGGCAGGACAUGCACAGGAUGCAGUUGAAGAGUGCCAAAAUUUAAGGCAAAAAGGACAGCUCGAUUCUGAUGGUCUGCAUAUAUAUGCUCUAUCUUUGUGGCAAAUUGGCAAGAAUGAUGAAGCCUUAUCUGCCACGAGAUUACUCGCUUCGUAUAUUCAAUCCAUGGAAAAAAAACAUAUCCCUGCUUCCAUUAGCUUCAUCUGUAGACUGCUUUACCACAUCUCAGGACAUGAAUCAGUCAUUGCAAGCAUUUUGAAGAUGCCCAAGGAAUUUUUUCACAGCUCAAAGAUUAGUUUUGUUCUUUCUGCUAUCCACGUCCUGGACCAAAAAAACCAACUCGAGCAUAUUGUGUCUAUCAGUCGAUCCUUCGUUACAUCUCAUGAAGAUAUCAUCGCCAUGCACGUUUUAUUAACAUUUGGCAAACUUGUAAGUUUUAAAUAUAAAUGCUUUUUAACUUUUGUAAAAUGCUAUACAAGAUUCAUGCAUUUUGUGGGUUCUCUUCAGCUGAGGAAUGGGAGUAAGGACUCACUUGGAAUUCAGAAGGGAGUUCAACACCUUAGAAAAGCACUUCACAUGUACCCUACAAGUAGUACGCUGAGGAAUUUUCUUAGUUAUCUGUUACUAUCAAGCAAGGAAUGGAGAGAUCUUUUUCUAGCAACUAGCUGCUCGACUUUGGAUUUCUCUGAGCAUCAAAAGGAUGAAGGAAUAAAAUCCACAUGUGAGAUUCUUGGUGCUGCAAGUGUUGCUUGUUAUGCCAUUGAAAGCUGUAAUAAUGAGAAAUUCUCAUUUCCCACCUGCAGACAUCCAUGUCCUUCUGGAUCCAAAACCACCCAACUGCUGCAAAAGUUUUUGCAUCAAGAGCCAUGGAACUUCAACGCCAGAUAUUUACUCACUUUAAACUAUUUCCAAAAGACACGUGAAGAAAGAUUCCCUCAACAUGCUUGCAGUGUGUUAGAACGGCUAACAGCUGUGGCUCUAUCAAAUCACCUUUACCUAGUCAAAGAUUCGUUUUUCCAUUAUCAACACUUUCAGCUUCUACUCUGUGCAGCCGAGGUUAAUUUGCAGCAAGCCAAUUAUAGCGAAUGCUUUAGGCUCGCACACAUUGCUUCGAUUUUUCCAGUUCAUAAUAGCUCUCUCUUUUUCGCACAUUUGCUUCAAUGCCGUGCAUAUGCUGCCAAAGGUGAUAUUGUGAGCCUGAGUAAAGAAUACAAGCAGUGUAUGGAUCUCGGAACCGAUUCUCACAUCGGCUGGAUAUGUUUGAAGUUCAUCGAAUCUAUAUAUAGCCUGCAAGAUGAUUUGACCAUUAUACCCUUGAGAUUCGAAGAUUGCUCCAAAGAUAUUGAGCUCUCGUGGAAUAUUUGGAUGGCUUUGUUUGAUAUGGUGCAGGGAUUGAUUGCUGUUUGGGCCCGUGAUUUUGUUGCUGCAGAAGGAUUCUUUGCACAGGCUUGCUCAAUGGCUGAUAGUGAGAAUUGUCUGUUCCUUUGUCAUGGGGCCAUUUGUAUGGAGCUUGCUAGACAGACGUGCGAGUCUCAAUACAUAUCACGCGCCAUAAGAAGUCUGAAGAAAGCAAAAGAUUUUUCGCACGUGCCUUUGCCUAUUGUAUCACUAUUAUUGGCACAAGCCGAAGCAAGUCUUGGCUCGAAAGGAAAAUGGGAAAACAAUCUUCACGACGAGUGGUUUUCUUGGCCUUCAGAAAUGAGACCGGCUGAGCUUUUAUUCCAAAUGCAUUUGCUUUUUUCUACACAGUCGACAGAUGGAGCUAUCGUGUCUUCUCCCAAAUUAGAUUACCUUUUACGAGCAAUCCACAUGAACCCAUCGUGUUCGAGAUAUUGGAAGUACUUGCUCAAGGAUUUAUAA